AUGUUUGACACGCUGUUCGGCACGUCCGCAUCGAUAUGCACGGACGCGACGCCGCUGGCCGCCACGUGCAGCUGCACUCGUCAACAGCGGCAAGGCCCUCGGAGCAUCGACUGCGCCGGACGCGGCCUCGACAACCUGCCCGUCGGCCUGACGCUGCCCGGCGGCUUCUCGGCCGUGACGUUCGGCGAAAACAAGCUGACGGAGGUGAAGAGGGGCCAGUUUCGCUUCAAUCGGCUGCGCGUGCUGGACCCGUCGCUGUUCGUCAACACCGACAUCCGCGUGCUGCUGCUGAGUCACAACCCGCUGGUGAAGCUCGACCCCAUGCUGUUCAUGUUCGUGCCGCGUCUGAGGCGGCUGGACCUCAGCUCGAUGCGCUCGCUGCGCCGCCUGGAGGCGCACGCCUUCAGCGGGCUGGACCAGCUCGAGGAGCUGCGGUGCGGGUCCGGCGGCGCGCUGGCCGAGGUGCACCCGGCUGCGUUCAGGGACGCCGCCUCGGGCGAGCACCUGGCCCGGCUGGUGAGCGUGGACCUGGCCGGGAAUAACCUGACGGGCGUCAGCUGCGACCUGCUGCCCUGGGGGCGCAUGGAGUUCGUCGGCGUCGAGCAGAACCCCUGGACCUGUGAUUGCGACAUGGCCUGGGCAGCUGGCGGCGCUUUGCCCCACGAGGAUGCGCCGUCCUUCGUGUGUGAGAAGCCGAGGGCGGCGGUCGGCCGACCCGUCUCCAGUUUGACGGCAGCCGAGUUCGGCUGCCAGGAUGGCUUCGUCGCAAGCACCGGCUUCGUCGCAGGCAUCGCCCUCUCGGCUGUGGCGGUCGCGGUCGUUGUGGCCGUGGUCACCGUCUUUCAAAUCAAGUUCCAGCACGGCGUGAAGCGAAAGACGGGCGGUCAGCGGCGCAGCACACCGGGCGGCGAGACGCUCCGGUCGUGA